GAUGCAGUAAACAAUGUGAAGCAGCAGUGCAGUGACUUUGUUAUGACCAGAAACAUUCAGUGCCGCGAAAUGCUCGAGGAUGUGCAGAGACAAAUGGCUGGGCUAAACUUUGGUUCGGGUCCGUCGAACCCCUCAAGAACCGGCUCCCAUCCAGCAACGGAUCCACAAUCGGCAUCCCGGUUCUCCUUUAAGUUACCUUUUUUCCACCAACCCGCUCAGCACCCAAGGCCUGAGUUCUCUCAGCCAUCAUAUCCAAAUUACACGCCGCAGCUGCCACAGCCGCAGCCGUCUUACCAGCAGUAUGCCAAUCAGCCACCCAGCCAUGACUACAGCCAGCCAGCUUACCCAGGUUGGCGUGGCCCGUAUUAUAACACACCGCCACAGCAGCCGGGUACCGGACACCCCCCGCCGCCGCCUUACAAUGUUCCUCAGAAUUAUCCACAGGGCGGUUAUUACCGUCCCCAGUAGAGCAUCAGUCUCAACGCUUGCAUAUAUCUAAACAUCAUUUAUUGUAGUCCUCUUGUGAUGAUUUAUCUUUUGUUGUCCAAAUGAUGUGAGAUAUUUGUAAAUAAAUUUGUCAUAGUUUGCUUCUUUCAUGUCAUGGAUUGUUAUUUAAAACUUUAUACAAGGAGACGUUAUUUGUUUUGUAAAUAUGGAUAUUUAUGCUUUUUUGUUUGAUCUUUUCUAUUGAA